AUGGGCACACUGCCAACCAGACGCCCUCGCCAGAACCGAGGCCAGCAGCAGGUGGCCCCACAGACAACGAUGCUGUUGACCAAAGCGAAACACACCAUCAACCAAGCUCUUCAGAAAGACUGGGAAGUUCUCUGGACACAUGGCCGACACGGACGAACCCUCCACCGCCUGGGGACGAAGCCAGACAAGAAAACCCUUCAACUGCACCAAAAUCUUCCGCGACCUAUCUCCUCCGUCAUUACGCAGAUGAGGACCGACAAGAUCGGAUUAGCGGCCUAUCUCCACAGCAUUAACAAGGCAGAAACGAGCCGAUGCAGCUGCAACCAUGGAGAACAGACGGUGGAACACGUGCUACUGAAAUGUAGGCAGUGGGUGACAGAACGAGAAGAAAUGUGGGCUGGCGGAAGACGAGUUCUUAGCCUAAAGGGAGUGCUCAAUGACCCCAAGAUGGUGGUGAGAGCGGCGAAGAUGAUGCUGAAGACUGGUCUCUUGGGGCAAUUUCAACACAUUAACGCCGAAUCGCUGGAGGCCAGUUCUCAGCGCCAAGCCAAGGAUUCGUGA